GCCUGCUGCUUGGUUAUGGCGCGGGCGAGGGGCCCCGGAGGCGCUGGGCGGCCGGGCCCGGGCCUCUGUCGGUGCUGACGGCCGCCCGGGCCGAGGGGCCAUGGGGGAGCCGGGCCCUGGGGUCGCGGGGGGCUGUGCCCAGACCCGGACCUGGUGCCUGCGGCGGGUGGGCAUGGACGCCGAGUGGCUGCUGCUGGAGGACGGCGGCGAGGUGACGAUAGGCCGAGGACUUGGAGUCACGUACCAGCUCGUAUCAAAAAUCUGUCCUCUGAUGAUAUCUCGAAACCACUGUGUUUUGAAGCAGAAUGCCGAGGGGCAGUGGACAAUUAUGGACAACAAGAGUCUGAAUGGUGUCUGGUUAAACAAAGAACGUCUAGAACCUUUAAAGUUCUAUUCUAUCCAUAAGGGAGACCAUAUUCAGCUUGGGGUGCCUCUAGAACACAAGGAAAAUGCAGAAUAUGAAUAUGACGUUGCUGAAGAAGACUGGGAGAGGUUGUAUCCCUGUCUUGCCCCAAAGAGUGACCAGAUGAUGGAAAAAUACAGGGGCUUGAGAACUAAAAGGAAAUUUAGUUUGGAAAGAUUAGAGAGCUCUGGAGUUGAAGGCCCUUCAAAUUCAAUAUCUAAAAUCAGCAAAGUGUCCUGCGAACCUGGGUGUCCUGUGAAGUCCCAUGGGAAAGGGGCAGUGACUAGUUCCUCUUCUGAAUGUGCCGGUGCUAAGCAGACUUCUCUGGAGCCUAGUGAGAUGGUCAGAGGAAAGCAAACUUGCCCUGGCCCCACAGAAGUCAUGGAGCCACCUAGGAAGCCCAAAGCCUCAAACUCUUCAGCAUCUCAGAACAACUUAAAGCUGUUGAAGAUGACCGUGUCCAGGAUUCUGAAGCUGAAAACACAGAUGCAGGAAAAACAGAUGGCUGUUUUGAAAAGGCAGACCCAAAAAGGGAACGCAAAGGAAAUUGAGAAAAUGGAGCAGGAACUGAAGGACUUACAGUCGCAACUGUGUGCAGAGCAGGUCCAGCAGCAGGCCCAAGCAGAGCAGCUAGAGAAGACUUUCCAGGAGGAGGAGGAGCAUCUCCAGAAUUUGGAAAAAGAGCAAGGAGAAGAGGACCUGAAGCAACAUCUGGUCCAGACUCUGCAGGAGUAUCAUUCUCUAAUGAAAGAACUAAAUCGUAGCAAGAAGGACUUCGAAGCAAUCAUUCAAGCCAAGAACAAGGAAUUGGAGCAGACCAAGGAAGAGAAGGAGAAGGUGCAGGCAGAGAAGGAGGAAGUUCUUAGCCACGUGAAUGAUGUGCUAGAGAAUGAGCUCCAGUGUAUUAUUUGCUCAGAAUACUUCAUAGAGGCUGUCACCUUGAACUGUGCCCACAGUUUCUGCUCCUACUGUAUCAAUGAAUGGAUGAAGCGGAAGACAGAAUGCCCCAUUUGUCGGGAGGAUAUCAAGUCCAAAACCCAUUCCCUAGUUCUGGAUAACUGCAUUGAUAAAAUGGUAGAAAAUCUGAGCUCGGAAGUGAAAGAACAGCGAACUGCUCUCACUAGGGAACGAAAAGGAGCAGGGAGACCAUCUUGAAGUCCAAGCUCCAGAGACAUUUGGAAGAUUGUUAAGCAGUGGAACUUGGAAUGAUCUGGAAGAUUCUCUGUAAAUGGGUCUUGCACCACCUGGGGACCGAGAAUGAAGCUGCCCAAGGGACAGACUGAGGUGGUCCUCUACCACCAUGGCCAAGCACUGCCACCUUUGCCUGUGGCGCUUGGGACCCACCGCACCCUCUCCUGGACUCCAUGAAAGGUUCCAGCAUGCUGAAUGAGCUGUGUCGUUCUAUUAGACUUUCCAGAUUUACUGUUCUGUUACUCUUUGGGUACCUCAGACGCACUUCUCAACAUUUGUUUUAGACCAGUGAUUUGUACCCUUGUGGCGGCACUGAAGCAAAGUCUGAGAGGAUGGUACAACUCUUCUUUGGAAAGCAAAAUGUCAUUUCUUGAAAAUAAAUGUAAAAACCUCUUGGUGGAUCA